CGCGUGGAGAUCCUGCUUGACCAGCGCCGAGACCAGUUGGAAGUGUACAAGCAGCAAGCACGUACCAAGAUGCAAGCGGCCGAACAUGCGGUGGCGUCGGCAGCCAAGGAAGUGGAUCAAUGGCGGCAGCACAAACUCUCCAACGAGCAUCAAGUCGCCGCCAAGUUGCAAGCAGUGCAGGAGACCCACGCCAUGCUCAACCACGACCGAGAAGCGUUCGAACUCACGCUCAAGGACAUGGAGGAGACAUAUGUGCGCAUGGAGCGGAAGGUCAAAGCCUACACGAAGAUGGUGACAGAGAUCGUCGGGUCGUCGUCCGUCGCGGCUGCCUAA